UAUUCACAGAUAUGCAACUGCAUAAUUUUGCCCCUAAAGUUUCUCUUCUGCAGUCUAAAGCACCGCACGCUUCUCCUGUGACUCUUAACCAAAUCUGCUUUAAUUUCCCAAUCCCAUUGGAUUCGCAUAUUCGCUCUCUCCUCUUCUUCGUCUUCUUCUCUCUUGCGUCUCUCCUUUCGUUUGUUUUUACAUGUGAUUGAUGUGUUGUGUUGUAAACCUAUUUCUGCUGCCCCGAAUUCACUCUUGAAGCAGGAUCGUUCGACAUGGCGAUUGAGGAUAACGAGAGUUGUGGAAGUAGGGUGGUCGAAUCUUCCGCGCCAAGGAACCGCCACGAGACGAAGCUCCAGGUUUACAAUGAGGUUUUGCGCCGCCUUAAGGAGGCUGACCACCCCGAAGCACUCGAGCCCGAUUUUGACCAUCAGCUUUGGGCGCAUUUCAACCGCCUCCCCGCCAGGUAUGCGAUGGAUGUAAAUACGGAGAGGGCGGAAGAUGUUCUCAUGCACAAGCAGUUACUGCAUUUAGCUAGUGAUCCUACCAAUAGGCCUGUUUUUGAAGUCCGACUUGUGCAGGUUGUGCCUGCCAUUGAUGAGAGUUCAGGAGAUUCCAUUCAUUCACCUGUACCAAGAAGAGGAAGUAUCCAUCCCCCACCGGCCUUUGGUUCUUCACCUAAUCUUGAAGCUCUUGCGCUUGAAGCAAGCAAACCUGAAUUACAAGAUGGGGAUGAUAAUGAUGCCAACUUCCUAAGGCCGAUGCAUGAAAUCACCUACUCAUCAGAUGACAGGCCAAAACUCCUCAGUCAGUUGACUUCUUUAUUAGCUGAACUGGGGCUGAAUAUUCAGGAAGCGCAUGUCUUUUCCACUGUGGAUGGCUACUCUCUUGAUGUUUUUGUGGUUGAUGGCUGGCCAUUUGAGGAGGUUGAGAAACUUCGGGUUGCUUUGGAGAAAAAAGUUUCGAAGAUUGAGAGAUGUUCUUGGCCAGAUACACAUUUGGGGCUCCCUCAACAUAAACGUGAGCAAAUAGAGAUUAAACGUGAACCUGGUAUUGUAGCAAGUAGUCUGACAAUACCCAAUGAUGGCACUGAUGUGUGGGAAAUUGAUCCUGAGUUCUUGAAAUUUGAAUCCAAAAUAGCAUCAGGAUCUUGUGGUGAUUUAUACAAAGGUACCUACCGAAGUCAAGAAGUAGCAAUCAAAAUUCUAAAGGCGGACUCCUUGAAUAAUGAAAUGCAAAGAGAGUUUGCCCAAGAAGUAUAUAUAAUGAGAAAAGUUCGACACAAAAAUGUUGUCCAGUUCAUAGGAGCAUGCACUAAACAUCCCAAUUUGUGCAUUGUAACAGAAUACAUGUCCGCAGGGAGCAUUUAUGACUAUUUACACAAGCGAAAGGGUACUUUUAAACUUUCAGCCUUACUCAAAGUGGCCAGUGACGUCUCGAAGGGUAUGAACUAUUUGCAUCAGAACAAUAUAAUUCACAGGGAUUUGAAGGCUGCAAAUCUUUUAAUGGAUGAAAAUGAAGUGGUUAAGGUGGCUGAUUUUGGUGUGGCUAGAGUGAAAGCACAAACAGGUGUAAUGACAGCUGAAACUGGGACAUAUAGGUGGAUGGCACCUGAGGUGAUUGAACAUAAAGCCUAUGAUCAUAAGGCGGAUGUCUUCAGUUUUGGGGUGGUUUUAUGGGAAUUGUUGACAGGAAAGAUCCCAUACGAGUACUUGACUCCCUUACAAGCUGCAGUCGGAGUUGUUCAGAAGGGUCUCCGGCCCACUAUUCCUAAACACACCCAUCCAAAGCUUGUUGAGCUGUUGGAGAGCUGCUGGCAGCAGGAUCCUGCUUUGAGACCUGACUUCGCUGAAAUAAUGGAAAUAUUAAGACAAAUCUCAAAGGAGGUUGCAGCAGACGACGCUCUAGACAAGCGGAAAGAGAAAUCCACCGGGCUUUUAUCGGCCCUGAAACGGGGACUUCACUGAAAUUUAUAUGCCUUCUAUGCUGAUGGCCUAAAGCUCCCAUAAAAACUACUUUGAUUCUUAGAUUUUUCUCUCUAUGGCGCCAGCUUGUGUCAUUUUCAUUAAUCCCGUACAGUACAGAUAUGUGUUUUCCAUCCUUAGAGCUUGGUUUACUAAUGAAUCAAUCUUUGAUUUUUAUUUUUCUUAA